CACAUACCUUUCCCAAUGGGCCGAGCUGUUGGCCCGUUCUGGAUUUGCGGGUCAGCCCACUCUAGCAAAGGACUCGCAAAAUUUCCAGGGUGCCUGCAGCAAAUACCAUCCCCACCCCCACCUCGUCGUUGCCACCACCGUUGCCGCCGCCGGAGAACCCGCCCUCUGGAGGUGCAGCCGCCCGCUGAUACCACCGCCCUCUCCGCCGCCAUGAUCUGCGCAAUCUCCGGCGAGGUGCCGGAGGACCCGGUCCUGUCGACCAAGUCGGGGCUGCUCUUCGAGCGGCGGCUCAUCCAGCGCUACAUCGAGGAUCACGGGAAGUGCCCGGUCACCAAGGACGACCUCGCCAUGGACGACCUCGUGACGGUGAAGACCAACAAGAUUCCUAAGCCUAGACCUCUGCAAGCUGCAAGUGUCCCUGGACUCCUUGGUAUGUUUCAGAAUGAGUGGGAUGCUCUCAUGCUGUCUAAUUUUGCUUUGGAGCAGCAGCUACAUACAGCAAGACAAGAACUCAGUCAUGCGUUAUACCAGCAUGAUGCUGCUUGCCGUGUUAUCUCCAGACUAAAGAAGGAAAGAGAUGAGUCUCGGACACUUCUGGCCCAAGCUGAAAGGCAGAUUCCUAUUUCAGCUGCAGGACCUGCACCAGUAGCUGCUGUUACAAUUGGGAAAAGAGCUUUGGAAGAUGAAGUGAGUCCUGAUGGGAAGAAGAUACGUCCUGGUAUUAAUCCUGUCAUGAUUGAGGAAUUGACAGAAUGCAAUUCUAUGCUCUCAGCACAGCGCAAGAAACGGCAGGUACCUCCAAGUUUAGCACCAAUUGAUGCACUUGAAAGAUACACUCAAAUCUCCAGUCAUCCACUUCACAAAACAAACAAACCAGGGAUCUUAUCUAUUGAUAUUCAUCAUUCAAAGGAUAUUAUUGCUACUGGGGGCGUCGAUACAAAUGCCGUUCUUUUCGAUAGGCCGUCGGGUCAAGUCUUGUGCACUCUCACUGAUCACUCAAAGAAGAUUACCAGUUUGAAAUUUGUUCUCCGGGAUGACCUUUUGAUAACGGGAUCAGCAGAUAAGACUGUCCGUCUAUGGCAAGGUAAUGAAGAUGGAAGCUAUGGUUGCAGGCACACAAUGAAAGAUCAUGUUGCAGAGGUUGAAGCUGUCACGGUCCAUGCUAGUCAGAAGUAUUUUGCAACUGCCUCCAGAGAUAACACAUGGUGCUUUUAUGAUAUUUCAACAGGGUCUUGCCUCACACAGGUUGGCGAGGCUUCUGGACAAGAUGGAUACACAUCAGCAGCUUUCCACCCGGAUGGUCUUAUCCUUGGAACAGGCACAUCAGAAGGUGUUAUCAAAAUUUGGGAUGUAAAAUCUCAGACAAGGGUUGCAAAGUUUGAAGGGGAGGUAGGGCAUGUUGGAACAGUGACUGCUAUAUCCUUCUCAGAAAAUGGAUAUUUCCUAGCGACUGCAGCCCUUGACGGUGUGAAGCUUUGGGAUCUACGAAAGUUGAGGAAUUUUAGGACCCUCUCUCCAUUCGAUCCAGAUACACCGACAAGUUCUGUGGAAUUCGACUUCAGUGGAAGUUAUAUCGCUGUUGCUGGUUCUGAUAUAAGGGUUUACCAAGUGGCCAAUGUCAAGACGGAGUGGAAUCUUGUCAAGACAUUACCAGAUUUAUCCGGCACAGGGAAAGUGACAUCGGUCAAGUUCGGGGCAGAUGCUAAGUAUGUGGCCGUAGGCUCCAUGGACCACAACCUACGCGUAUUCGGGCUCCCUGGAGACGAACAGAUGGAGGAGGCAAAACCAGAAUCGGCAGAGCAAUGAGUAGACGUUGAUACACGCCGCUGAUUCUCAUCACGGUUCCACAAGCAUUUUGCCUUUCGUGGUUUGGCCCCCUUCGCGCACCGUGUUGUCGAGGAUGCAUUUGAAAGAGGAGUGUAUGUAGCUGAACCUGAAUGGAAGCAGUCCGCCCGGCGGUCCGAGCAGUUGAUCAAACCUGUGGGGCGAGCAACAUGCUUUGGUAAUCCGAGACGCCGUGCGGAAUGUGUGAGAUGCCAAAGGGUUUCUAGGGUUUUGGGUUUGAGCUUCACAUUUUGGGGUGUGCGUGGAGACAACGCCCUAGGUUUUGGAUUUAUCAUGUAUAGGUAGAUAUAUAUGUUUGAACUUGUAAGUGUACAAGGCAGGCCGAAGCGAGGUCGAGGAUUCCGC